AUGUCUGAUAGUUGCAUGCCCUGGCUCAACCAGCGAGCCCGCAAGCUGGCCAGCGCCCUCGCAUUUCACAUGCUGCCUCUCGCGCUGCUGCUGAUGGCCGCUGGCGUCUCCUGGGCCAGCAAGUACCGAGCAACAGUCGACGCAGGACGACGCAGGAAGAAGCAAAUACAGCAGCUAAAAAGCAAGCAAGGAGCAGCGAAAAAAGAAACAAAAAGAAGCUCAGUCAACGGCUUCAACUCUAUCGGGCUCGGAGCAUCUCCUUGCCAAAGGCUUCUCGUCGUCCAGCCUUGCAAGAGACUUUCUGAUAGAGUCAUAGAGUCAUGUAGCAAGAAGUGCUGGUUGGCCUGCGUGUCUCGAGACGGAGGCGGGCUCUAUCAAAAACCAAAAAAGGGGGUGACAACAACUGCCGGAUGCAACGCCUUUUUGCUCCUCCUCCUCCUCCUCCUCCACCCCCCCUUCGUUGGCCACGCCGAGCAGGCCCUUGAGCUUACUUGCUUAGUUGCUUGUCACCCGCCAGCGUUUCAUCCCGGCUGGCAAGGCAAGGCAGAAGCGCAGGAACGGACUGCUGAACCAACUGGACCAGCGUCCACCGUCCACCAACCUAAGCUUAUCCAGGGCCGUCCUCCGUCCGCCGCUCUUCGUUUUUUCGUUCAUCUUCGUUCAUCGUUCAGCAUGAUGAUCGCCCGAGUGUUUCAAUCGUCUUGGAGGGCCCCAUCAUAG